GAUACUGUGGAAGUGUAACUGAACUGAAGACCAGUAGCAGCUGGACCCUAGCUUGGGUGUUCAGCCCAGUUUUGUGAAGACACAGCUCCAAAACUACAAGUCCCAAGAUGCCUUUCACAAACAAACAGUGUACACUAUAGCACAUACAUGCUGGGUGUGGGAUCUGGAACCUGUUUUCCAUAGGCUUAUGACAGAUUAAAUAAGGUGGAGCAAAUGGCCACACCCCAAAACCAGGCUUAAGGAUUCCUAUUUAAGCCAAGCCCCAGGGUGGAGCCGGAAUUUACCUUUGUACUUCACUGGAUCUGGGUUGGUGGUGACUGGCUGGGUGGGUCUGGACCUGGCUGCCGAUGUGACACGUCUCAGAGCUGCAAGCAGGUUUGAAUCCAGGAUCCUUGUGGCCCUGCUCCCCGGUUCCUACCCUCUCCCUUCUCCUAUUCUUUAUCUCUUUAGGCUUUUCCCCUCAGGACCUCCCGCAGGUUACCAUAAUUCCUGCUGCCCUGGAGGCCCCCUGUGUUAGUCACAGGAUUUUUACUACCUGACUAACAGGUUAAUAGUCCACUUCUAAUCGUCCCUCACUUUCAGACUCAAGUCUCCACUGUUUCCUGGCAGGCAAGAAAUGCUGGGAAGGAUGGACCCCAGCACAUUACCGCCUGAGGGUACAGGUUAGGGAUCAAGGGUGGGAAAUUGGUGUCAGUCAUCUAAUACAAGGCCUUAAUCACUGCCUUGCCUUCUGUAGGUACUACCAGUCAGCUACCAUGGCCUCUCAGCGUCUUGGGCUGGCAGAAGAGUCUGGCCCAAACCCCGGGGAGUCUGAAUUGGCUGUGAACCCCUUUGAUGGGCUCCCAUUCUCUUCCCGCUACUACGAGCUGCUUGAGCAGCGCCGAGCCUUACCCAUCUGGGCUUCUCGCUUUACCUUCUUGGAGCAGUUGGAGAGUAGCCCCGGUGGAGUGGUGCUGGUGUCUGGAGAGCCUGGCUCUGGCAGGAGUACCCAGAUCCCUCAGUGGUGUGCAGAGUUUGCACUGGCCAGGGGGUUCCAGGAAGGCCGAGUGACUGUCACUCAGCCCCACCCUCUGGCAGCCCUGAGCCUGGCCAUGCGGGUUGCCGAUGAGAUGGACCUAACCCUGGGUCAUGAGGUUGGAUACAGCAUUCCCCAAGAGGACUGCACAGGGCCAGACACCGUACUCAGGUUCUGCUGGGACGGGCUGCUUCUGCAGGAGGUAGCCUCAACCCGGGGCACAGGAGCCUGGGGUGUGCUGGUGCUGGAUGAGGCCCAGGAGCGGUCAGUGGCCUCGGACUUGCUCCAGGGGCUCCUGCGAAAUGCCAGGCUGGGAAACCUUCCAGGGGACUCGAGAGUGGUUGUGGUUACUGACCCUGCCCUUGAACCCAAGCUCCAAGCCUUCUGGGGCAACCCUCCUACUGUGCAUGUACCCAGACGGCCUGGCACGUGUCCCACACCUGUGUACAGGGACACUGUCCCUACCGAUCGAGUGGAAGCUGCCUGCCAAGCUGUGAUUGAAUUGUGUACGAAGGAAGCUCCAGGAGAUGUGCUGGUGUACCUGCCCAGUGAGGAGGAAAUUUUGCUGUGCUGUGAAUCCUUGUCCAGGGAGGUGGGGCCCUUGGCUCUCAGGGGGCCUCCACCACGGGUGCUGCCCCUUCACCCUGGAUGUGGCCCAGCCGUUCAUGCUGCAUACGAGGACACAGACUUGGGUGCCCGAAAGGUCGUGGUCACUCACUGGCUGGCUGACUUCUCCUUCUCCCUCCCUUCCAUCCGACAUGUCAUUGACUCAGGACUGGAGCUUCGAAGUGUGUACAAUCCUCAGAUUCGAGCAGAAUCCCAAGUGUUGAGACCAAUCAGCAAGUGUCAGGCAGAGGCAAGAAGACUGCGGGCAAGAGGGCUCCCACCAGGUAAAAGCCUUUGCGCUACUGAGAUCAAACAUGAAAAGAAUCCCCACACACAAACCCAAGAAAUCUGCAGUGGCCUUCUUUCCCAGGUCUUUCUCCCCUCAGGGUCCUGCCUCUGCCUGUACCCUAAGUCCUUCCUAGAACUAGAGGCGCCCCUGCUGCCCACAGCCAGGAUAUGUGAGGAGAAUCUGAGCCCUGUGGUGUUACUUCUAAAGAGAAGACAGAUUGCAGAGCCUGGGGAGUGUCACUUCCUGGACCGGCCUGCUCCAGAAGCCCUGAUGCAGGCCCUGGAAGACCUGGACUACCUGGCAGCCCUGGAUGAUGAUGGGAACCUCUCAGACCUGGGGGUCAUCCUGUCAGAGUUCCCGCUGCCCCCCGAGCUGGCCAAAGCCCUGCUGGCCUCCUGCGAGUUUGACUGUGUAGACGAGAUGCUCACCCUCGCUGCCAUGCUCACUGCUGCUCCUGGGUUCACCCAUCCUCCACUCUCUGCAGAAGAAGCUGCCUUGCGUCGGGCCCUGGAACAUACAGAUGGUGAUCACAGUUCUCUGAUCCAGGUGUACGAAGCCUUUAUACAGAGUGGAGCAGACAAGGCUUGGUGCCAGGCUCGGGGACUAAACUGGGCAGCAUUGUGCCAAGCCCAGAAACUUCGAGGUGACCUCCUAGAACUCAUGCAACAAAUUGAACUUCCACUGUCCCAGCCAGCCUUUGGCUCUGAGCAGAAUCGCAGAGACCUUCAGAAAGCACUGCUGUCGGGAUACUUCCUUAAGGUGGCUCGAGACACAGACGGGACUGGAAAUUAUCUGCUCCUGACCCAUAAGCACGUGGCCCAGCUCUCCCCGUACUGCUGCUACCGAAGCCGCAGGUCUCCAACCAGACCCCCGCCAUGGGUUCUUUACCACACUUUCUCCAUUUCAAAAGACAACUGCCUUUCCAUUGUUUCUGAGAUUCAACCACAAAUGCUGGUAGAGUUGGCCCCUCCAUACUUCCUGAGUAACUUGCCUCCCAGCGAGAGCAGAGACCUCCUGAAUCAGCUGAGAGAAGAAAUGGCAGAUUCUUCAGUAGAGCGUGAAUCCUCCUCCACCCAAGAGUUUGGAGAUGCCUGUGUCCUGCAGUGACCUGCCUAAGGAGUGGAACUGAGCUCAUGUGAAGGCAUUAGAUCCUCUCUCAGGCUAGCACUGAGGUAGCCAACCAAAGGUUAGGGUCAAAUGUAAAUCCUAGAACCUGAGUCUCAAGAAAUGGUGGACUGAGAAUAGAGGAGACUGGGUAAGCCACAGUAUACAUAAGGUUGGACCCUUUCCUUAGCCUUCUUCUAUUUAUUGGAGAAUGACUGAUGUACCCCCCAAACCCCCAACUUAUGCCAAACCCACCUUUGUGUACUUCAUUUUGAUCUAUAAAAGUUCUUUUUCUGUGGU